UCCUCACAAGACUAAAGGUGACAAAAUUCGCGAUUAUCACGGACAGUAUGGCUGCUAUUAGACUACUAGCAAAAAAUAACACGUCUAACUAUAUUGUGGCUGAGAUACAUGAAACACUAUUCAGGUCGGCAUGUGAGAAUCUUACUUUCUUAUGGGUACCGAGCCAUUUGGGCAUUUGCUAUAAUGAGAGAGCAGAUGAGGCAGCAAAAGAAGCAGUGUGUAAGGGACUCGAGAUCAGGUAUGAUUUAACCCUGGGUGAGGCGCUAUGCAGAAUUUGCAACAUUAUCUGGAGUGAAUGGGAGCAGGAGUUUAGACUUCUUAGUGAAGACAAGGGAAAAUUUUUUGCAGAUAACAUCGUGGUUUUGCGAUAA